GCUGCUCACACCGGGAGCCACUCCUCCUCAGUUUGCUUCUGACAACCAGGACCGAAAGGCGCAGGCCAGGAGCGGAAGCGUCAAGGAGAGCUGCCUUUGCCACUCCCUGGAAGGGAGGGAGGGAUCUUUGUCGGAUGUGAAGCUUCCUCCUCGGGCGCCACUGCAGUCAGAUCAUCGUCCUGUAGCUUGGGGACCUUGGUUCAUUCCAGCAUAGGCCCCUGCCUGAAGAGAGCCCAGUCCCGGCCCUACUUGCUUCCUGGGGGCAAGGCUGCCAAGUCUUCCCUCAUCGUGACAGUUGGCCUCACUCAUGCUGGGUGGCACGUGGCUGGCUUAGGUGUUUGGAGAGUGAACGCCGGGUCCCCCCCUCUUCCCUUCAGCCCCUCUGACCUCGAGGACACGCCCAGCCCCAUCAUGGCAGCGGAGACCCUCAAUUUUGGGCCUGAGUGGCUGAGGGCCCUUUCCAGUGGCGGCAGCGUGGCCUCCCCACCCCCAUCCCCUGCCAUGCCCAAAUACAAGCUGGCUGACUAUCGCUACGGGCGAGAAGAAAUGCUGGCUCUCUACGUCAAGGAGAACAAGGUGCCGGCUGAGCUGCAGGACAAGGAGUUUGCCGUGCUCCUGCAGGAGGAGCCCCUGCAGCCCCUGGCGCUGGAGCCUCUGACUGAGGAGGAGCAGAGAAACUUCUCCCUGUCAGUGAACAGUGUGGCUGUGCUGAGGCUGAUGGGGAAAGGGGCUGGCCCCCCCCUAGGUGGCACCUCCCGUGGCAGGGGCAGCACUCGGAGCCGAGGCCGAGGGCGUGGUGACAGUUGCUUUUACCAAAGAAGCAUUGAAGAAGGUGAUGGGGCCUUUGGCCGAAACCCCCGGGAGAUCCAGCGUAGCCAGAGUUGGGAUGACAGAGGCGAGAGAAGGUUUGAGAAGUCGGCCAGGAGGGAUGGAGCACGAUCCGGGUUUGAGGAGGGAGGGGCUGGCCCGAGGAAGGAACAUGCCCGCUCAGAUAGCGAGAACUGGCGUUCUCUUCGAGAGGAGCAAGAGGAAGAGGAGGAGGGCAGUUGGAGACUUGGGGCAGGACCCCGGCGAGAUGGCGACCGCUGGCGCUCAGCCAGCCCUGAUGGCGGCCCCCGCUCUGCUGGCUGGCGGGAACAUGGGGACCGGCGUCGCAAGUUUGAAUUUGAUUUGCGAGGGGAUCGAGGCGGGUGUGGUGAAGAGGAAGGGCGGGGUGGGGGAGGCAGCUCUCACCUCCGGAGGUGCCGAGGGCCUGACGGCUUUGAGGAAGACAAGGAUGGGCUCCCAGAGUGGUGCCUGGAUGACGAGGAUGAAGAGAUGGGCACCUUCGAUGCCUCUGGGGCCUUCCUGCCUCUCAAGAAGGGCCCCAAGGAGCCCAUUCCUGAGGAGCAGGAGCUCGAUUUCCAGGGCCUGGAGGAAGAGGAGGAAGAGGCUCCUGAAGGGCUAGUAGACGAGGGGGGGCCUGAGGCAGGAGGGAAGGAACUGACUCCACUGCCUCCUCAGGAGGAGAAGUCCAGUUCCCCAUCCCCACUGCCCACCUUGGGCCCCCUCUGGGGAGCUAAUGGGGAAGGUGACGACGCUGCAGACAAGGACCUGCCGGCAGCUGAAGACGAUCUGAGGGGAAUGCCGCUGAGUCCUGGAGUAGGCUCAUCCUCUGGCCCGCCUGGAGAUCUGGAGGAUGAUGAAGGCCUGAAGCACCUGCAGCAGGAGGCGGAGAAGCUGGUGGCCUCCCUGCAGGACAGCUCCCUGGAGGAGGAGCAGUUCACGGCCGCCAUGCAGGCCCAGGGCCUGCGCCACUCAGCAGCUGCCACUGCCCUCCCCCUGAGCCACGGUGCGGCCCGGAAAUGGUUCUACAAGGAUCCCCAGGGGGAGAUCCAAGGCCCAUUCACGACACAGGAGAUGGCAGAGUGGUUCCAGGCGGGCUAUUUCUCCAUGGCGCUGCUGGUGAAGCGGGGCUGUGAUGAGGGCUUCCAGCCACUGGGUGAGGUGAUCAAGAUGUGGGGUCGUGUGCCCUUUGCCCCGGGACCCUCGCCACCCCCACUGCUGGUGAGCCCGGCCGCCUUGGCGAGGAGCGGGGAGGGGAGGCUGGAGCCGUGCUGGGGGCGCAGGGCUGAAGGGCAGAGCCACAGGCGCGCCGUGGGCCUCGCGCAGGGCAACAUGGACCAGGAGCGGCUGAAGAAGCAGCAGGAGCUUGCCGCGGCCGCCCUGUACCAGCAGCUGCAGCACCAGCAGUUUCUGCAGCUGGUCGGCAGCCGGCAGCUCCCGCAGUGCGCGCUCCGGGAAAAGGCGGCUCUGGGGGACCUGAGCCCGCCGCAGCAGCAGCUCACCGCCUUCCUGCAGCAGCUCCAAGCUCUCAAACCGCCCAGAGGCGGGGACCAGAACCUGCUCCCGACCAUGAACCGGUCCUUGUCAGUGCCAGAUUCGGGCUCCCUCUGGGACCUACAUACCUCAGCCUCAUCACAGUCAGGCGGUGAGGCCAGUCUUUGGGACAUACCAAUUAACUCUUCGACUCAGGGUCCAAUUCUAGAACAACUCCAGCUGCAGCACAAAUUCCAAGAGCGCAGAGAAGCGGAGCUCAGGGCGAAGCGGGAGGAGGAGGAGCGCAAGCGGCGGGAGGAGAAGCGGCGGCAGCAGCAGCAGGAGGAGCAGAAGCGGCGGCAGGAGGAGGAGGAGCUGUUUCGGCGCAAGCAGGUGCGGCAGCAGGAGCUCCUGCUGAAGCUGCUGCAGCAGCAGCAGGCGGUGGCCGCUGUCCCGGCGCCCCCUGCGCCCCCGGCGCCCAGCUCCCCGCCCCCGCUGUGGGCCGGCCUGGCCAAGCAGGGGCUCUCCAUGAAGACACUGCUCGAGCUGCAGUUGGAGGGCGAACGGCAGCUGCACAAGCAGGCCCCGUCCCGGGAGCCGUCGCGGGCCCAGGCCCCCAACCACCGCGUGCUUGGGGGCCUGGGUUCGGCCCCCCUGAACCAGUGGGUGUCUGAGGCCGGGCCACUGUGGGGCGGGCCCGACAAGAGUGGGGGCGGCAGCGGCGGCCCGGGGCUCUGGGAGGACACCCUCAAGAGCGGCGGGAGCCUGGCCCGCGGCCUGGGCCUGAAGAACAGCCGGAGUAGCCCCUCUCUCAGUGACUCGUACAGCCACCUGUCCGGUCGGCCUGUGCGCAAAAAGACCGAGGAGGAAGAGAAGCUGCUGAAGCUGCUGCAGGGCAUCCCCAGGCCCCAGGACGGCUUCACCCAGUGGUGUGAGCAGAUGCUGCACACGCUGAGCACCACAGGCAGCCUGGAUGUACCCAUGGCUGUAGCGAUCCUCAAGGAGGUGGAAUCCCCCUACGAUGUCCACGAUUAUAUCCGUUCCUGCUUGGGGGACACGCUGGAAGCCAAAGAAUUUGCCAAACAGUUCCUGGAGCGGAGGGCCAAACAGAAAGCCAGCCAGCAGCGGCAGCAGCAGCAGGAGGCAUGGCUGAGCAGUGGCUCCCUACAGACAGCCUUUCAGACCAACCACAGCACCAAACUCGGCCCUGGGGAGGGCAGCAAGGCCAAGAGGCGGGCGCUCAUGCUGCACUCAGAUCCUAGCAUCUUGGGGUACUCCCUGCACGGACCUUCUGGUGAGAUCGAGAGCGUGGAUGACUACUGACCAGCCCGUCCCACCAGCCCCUGGGCUGUAGGCCAGGGGCGGCAGCAGCGGCUUGGACCCUUGGGUCCCCAGCCUGCAGGCUCCCCACAAGGAGCAUAGGAGGAAGCAGGGGCAGGAUCCCCAGCACUUGUUACAAACCACACGAUGCACCUUAAUUCACCCACCACGAGGCACUUUACAGAUUGGGGGGGAAGGGUUUUUGUGGGGUUUUUUUGUUUUUGUUUUGUUUUUGUUUUUUCUUUGAAAAAAAAAAAAUUUAA